AUGCGUAGACGCCCGGAUUCUUAUUUGAAUGCAACACAAAUUCUAAAGGUGGAAGGCCUGGAUAAAGGUAAGUGCUCAAAAAUCAUUGAAAGAGAAAUAUUAACAGGAGAACAUGAAAAAGUACAAGGAGGUUAUGGAAAAUAUCAAGGAACUUGGACUCCUUUUGAAAAAGGCAAAGAACUUGCUACGAAAUAUGGUGUCCUUGAGAGUUUAUGUCCUAUCCUUGGAUACAUAUCACCAGAACAUGAUACUCCUUAUUUGUCAUCUCCAUACACUCCAACUAAAGAACAAGCUAUGGCAGCUUUACAUAUUGAAUCAGCAGCAACAGACAAUUCUUCGUCACCUGAAAUUGGAUUUGUUGGUUAUAAACAUGGUGAUGGGAAUUUUGCAAUACAUUGGGCUGCGUGUUUUGGAAGACUAAAAAUCUUGGAAAUGUUGUUGAAUAGAGGUGCUAAUAUACAACAAGUGAAUUAUGAUGGGGGGACUGCUUUAAUUAGAUCUGUAUUUGUGACAAAUAAUUAUGAUUCUCAGUCAUUUUCACAAGUGGUAAAACUAUUUCAUGACACAAUCCCAAUUACUGAUAAAGAUAAUUGA